UUAGCCAGCUUUUGCUAUCAAUCAAUCAAUGUGAUCGCGAACUCGAUGCGCGAGCGCUGGGCGAGCUCAGAGGUGAUUGGCUGGCACGGCUGUCUGUCAUCGGGCUCGCGCGUGUGUCGCGAGCAGAAAAAGAGGAGGGUCUUCGAGCGAGGCUUUUUAUUUAUUUCUUUGUUUCGAGUCGGGUUGGAAAAAAAACAAAAUUAAUAAUAGUAAUAACAAUAACAAAAACAGCGAUAGCUAGCUGGCUAACCCUAGCUAGCUAUAUUAUUUUAACGGGAUUUCAAUGUUGUAACGCUCGGUAUUAAACCGCCCGAGCGAAGGAAAGGAGGAUGAAGCGGCGCAAUGCGGACUGCAGCAAACUCCGGCGGCCGUUAAAACGGAACCGAAUCACCGAGGGCAUUUACGGCAGCACCUUCCUGUAUCUGAAGUUCCUGGUGGUGUGGGCGCUGGUGCUGUUGGCUGACUUUGUGCUGGAGUUCCGGUUCGAGUACCUCUGGCCCUUCUGGCUCUUCAUCCGGAGUGUUUACGACUCCUUCCGAUAUCAGGGCCUGGCUUUCUCAGUGUUCUUCGUGUGUGUGGCGUUUACAUCCGACAUCAUAUGCCUGCUCUUCAUCCCCGUGCAGUGGCUGUUCUUCGCUGCCAGCACGUACGUGUGGGUGCAGUAUGUCUGGCACACAGAAAGAGGGGUCUGCCUCCCCACCGUGUCCCUGUGGAUCCUCUUCGUCUAUAUUGAGGCAGCGAUACGAUUCAAAGACCUGAAGGACUUCCAUGUGGAUCUGUGUCGUCCCUUCGCAGCACACUGUAUCGGAUAUCCGGUGGUGACGCUGGGCUUUGGCUUUAAGAGCUACGUAAGCUACAAGAUGCGCCUUCGUAAGCAGAAGGAGGUGCAGAAAGAGAACGAGUUCUACAUGCAGCUCCUUCAGCAGGCCCUGCCACCCGAACAGCAAAUGUUACAGAAACAAGAAAGAGAGGCAGAAGAGGAUCUAAACUCUGCUCUUCCGGCAGCAGCAUCUAAAAGCACACAUGACGCCGACUCGCCUCCCGCGACUCAGAACGGCUCCGCCGGUGGCAAGAAGCCAACAACAAAUACUUUACCCGAGCUGGAGUACCGCGAAAAAGAGCGAGGCAAGGGCGAGUCUAAGAAACAACAUAACCAGAACCAGAACCAUCACAGCAGCAUCCUGCCUGUAGUGGACUUUAAUAAAGCACAGGAGAUGGAGUACAUGGAGAAUAAUGUGAACAGCAAGAGACUGAGCAGCUCCGAGCUGCUGGGCAGCACCGAGAACCUGCUUCUGAAGGAGGACAACUCUUCCUCGUCGUGCUCGUCCUCUUCCUCUAAUUCCACCGCCUCAAAGAAUCACAAAAACGCCAGCGCAGGCAGCGGGGCGGGCGGAAACUCGUCGCCUCGCGGCCACGGGACAGCCAACGGCAGUGUGCCCUCCUCGACAGGACCUUCUUCUUCUUCAUCUUCUAAUUCAGCGGGGAAGGGCGAGAAGAAGCAAAAGUGCGGUGGGAAAGGGGGCCACCGAGACCCCACAGAUAACUGCAUCCCCAAUAACCAGCUCGGGAAACCCGAGGCACUGGUCAGGCUGGAGCAGGACGUAAAGAAGCUGAAAGCUGAGCUGCAGGCAAGCAGGCAGACAGAGCAGGAGCUGCGCAGCCAGCUGGGCUCCCUGGGCACGUCAGAACGUAGCGUCCGCUCUGAACUUAGCCAGCUCCGCCAGGACAACGAGCUGCUGCAGAACAAACUCCAUAAUGCAGUUCAGGCAAAACAAAAGGAUAAGCAGACGCUGGGGCAGCUGGAGAAGCGUCUGAAGGUAGAGCAGGAGGCACGAGCAGCUGUAGAGAGGCAGCUGGCGGAGGAGAAGAAACGUAAGAAGCUGGAGGAAGCCACGGCGGCCAGAGUCGCACUCGCAGCUGCAUCCAGAGGUGAGUGCACAGAGUCUUUAAGGAGGAGGAUCUCCGAGCUGGAGGCGGAGUGUAAGAAACUCACUCUGGACAUUAAAGACAAAGAGGACCUAAUCCGUAAUCUUGAGCUCAAAGUCCAGGACCUGCAUAAAUAUAAAGAGAAUGAGAAGGACACAGAGGUGUUGAUGUCAGCACUGUCAGCCAUGCAGGAUAAGACCCAGCACUUGGAGAACAGCUUGAGUGCAGAGACCAGAAUCAAACUGGACUUGUUCUCUGCCCUCGGAGACGCCAAGCGGCAGCUGGAGAUCGCACAAGGUCAGAUCCUGCAGAAAGAUCAGGAGAUAAAAGACCUGAAACAGAAGAUUGCCGAGGUCAUGGCAGUCAUGCCCAGCAUCGCAUACUCAACAGAUACCAGCAACAUGAACCCAGUCACCCCUCACUACUCCUCCAAGUUCAUGGACACCAGUCCGUCUGGCCUGGACCCCAACGCAUCCGUCUACCAGCCCAUGAAGAAAUGAAUGCCUGCGGCAGCUCACUGCACCAUCCAUCCAUGCCAUCUCUCUCUCUCUCUCAUUUUCUU